GCCAGCUUUUGAAAAUAUUGGCGCUUGCUCGUCAACGUUCGCCUUCCUCCGAACAGCUUACUUUAUGUUCCGCAGGGGAUUUGUGGCCUUUCUGGAAGCAGUCGUGACGAAAUGGAACUGUUACCUUACGAUCGAUAGUUACAUUGUAGUUAUUAGUGAGGAAACACAAUGGCAAAUGAUCGAUGCAGCCACAUGAAGGUGGUUGUUCGGGUGAGGCCAACCAAUGAGAAGGAGAAGAGGGAAAAUGUUCGCAAUGUGAUCCAAGUUGUGGAUAAACACAUGUUGAUUUUUGAUCCAAAAGAAGAAGAAAUAUCCUGUGUUGGUUCCCAAAGAGUUCGGAAUAGAAAUAUCAACAAGAGAGUCAACAAAGACCUUAAAUUUGUUUUCGACCAUGUCUUUGGAGAGAGGUCCACGCAAUACGAUAUAUUUGAAAACACCACAAAAGGAGUGCUGAAUAGUGUCAUGAAUGGAUUUAACUGCACAGUUUUUGCCUAUGGAGCAACUGGAUCAGGCAAAACACAUACAAUGUUAGGGACUCCAAAUGAACCGGGAGUCAUGUACCACACCAUGAAAGACCUUUUUAAAUGCAUGGAUGACGCCAAAGAGGAGAAAGAGUUUUCUGUUGCUGUCUCCUAUCUUGAGGUUUAUAAUGAACAGAUCAGGGAUUUGCUAGCUAAUGAAGGUCCUCUUGCAGUCAGAGAGGACCGUGAUAAAGGAGUGGUUGUUCAGGGCCUCACACUCUACCAGCCAAAAUCUGCUGAGAACAUUCUCCAGGCUUUGGACUCUGGCAAUCAAAACAGGACACAGCACCCAACCGAUAUGAAUGACAGUUCUUCCAGGUCCCAUGCCGUGUUCCAGAUAUACUUGCGACAGCAGGACAAAACUGCUAUGCUUAAUCCCAAUGUGUGUGUUGCCAAAAUGAGUUUAAUUGACCUGGCAGGCUCAGAAAGAGCCAGUGCUACUAAUGCGAAUGGGCAACGCUUGCGUGAAGGUGCAAACAUCAACCGCUCACUCCUUGCCCUGGUGAACGUUAUAAAUGCUCUCGCUGAUCACAAGAGCAAGAAGGCUCAUAUACCAUACAGAGACAGCAAACUUACACGGAUACUCAAGGACUCUCUGGGAGGCAACUGCAGGACUGUCAUGAUUGCCAACAUCAGCCCCUCAUCAAAGUCAUACGAUGACACACAAAACACUCUUAAAUAUGCUAACAGGGCCAAGGAAAUCAAAUCUUCGCUGAAGAGUAAUGUUAUUAGCCUGGCCAGUCACAUUGGCCAAUAUGCAGUCAUUUUUGAAAAGCAAAGGCAAGAGAUUCUACAGUUGAGGGAGAAAAUACAAGAAUAUGAGGACAAAAAAGUAAUGACUGUUUCCUCAAACACAAUAUCGCCCCAGAAAAAAGCAGACAUCACCAGGGUGUCAGAAUUACUGAGGCAGGUCAUCUCCAUGCAUGCUGAAAUCAGGAGAGAACAGCUGGAUCUGGAGAGACAAGUGAAGGAGAAUGAGCUUCGCCAGCGGUACAGUGAGGAGCACAACCUGCAGAUCCAAUAUAUCUCUGCCAAAGAAAAGAUUGAGAAGGCGACUUGUAAACAUGAGCGGAAGAUUGCAAUGCUACACACUAAGCAACAGCAAAUCUGCAAACGUCUGAUUGAAGCAGAAAAGCGCUUUCAGGACAAUGAGGGCUGCCUCCACCGUAUCGAAAACGAAAUAAGAUCGUUGAUGUCAAAUGAUCUUCCAUCUGAAGUAUUAGAAAAGGACUUGCAACGUCAUAGACUGGAACUUCAUGUGAAUGAUCUUAAACAACACAUCAAGCAAAUGCUCAAAAUCACUGCACUUCAGGAUCAAGAGAACAAACGCAUGCGAAAAAUGGUGAACCUGUUGUUGCCAGCUUAUGGUCGAUGUUACUCUGCGAUGCAUGACGCUGGCCGUCUUACAGCCCAAGAUGAGUUGGAAAACCAUGAGCUUCAGCAAAUUGUGCUGAGAGAGAGGGAGGUGUCCUGGGCAGACCAUGCAGAAGUGGACCCAGGUGUACAAGGUUCAGCUACUAAGGAAAUGACACAAGAGGCCAAGGAAUCGAGGAACUUCAAGUACUGUGGUGACUUGGCACCUGUCCUGUCUUUCUCACAACUGCUUUACCACCAGAGUGGUCCUUGUAGUGCAAAGAAGCGGACAAAGAGAGUAUUGGAUGAAAAUGCCCCCUCUCCAAAAAGCAGUAAAAGUCAUCCAAACCUGGAGCAAGACAUACUUCCCCCAAAAAACACAAGAAAUCGCUCACUAUUCCUGCCAGCACAAAACCCAAAGACUUUCUCCAAGGACUUUCAGGAUGGUAUCAUUCCUCUCCAAUACACACCAGAACCUGCUAAAAAAGAUGUUCAGUUGGGUUUAACCACUGGCAUGGAUUUCAACAUGACCUUUGACAUUCAACAUAAAGAAGAUGGAGUAAAUAGAAGCAGUGACGCCCCUCCUCAGACAGCUCCAAUUCACUUAAUCAAUCUUUUCAAAGCCAAUGAAGUCAAUCAGAUUCCUAGCAAACGACCUCGAGUCUCCUUCCAAGAAAUGAGAUGCACCAAUCCAACGUACAUGGGGAUGACGUCUGCUGCGCAAGGAAAGCGUAAACUCAAUCGGGAAAGAAAUGAGAAUAUGUCUGCACCCAAACGUGUUAAGAAAGCCCUUUGUGUUCCUACCAGAUGGACAACGGUACCUAAAUUUUCUGGAAAGUAACAACGUCCACCGAAAAUGGCAUAAAAAAUGAAGAGGAAACGCCACUCUUUGGCGUCCGAGCCAACACCACCCGUAGCGACACCCUUCACUUGGAUAACUGGAGCACAUUUUCAAAACGGUGGACGUGGGUUGCUCUCAAGUAUAUGAAGACAAACUGCAUGCUGGAUAGCUACAGUGACGUCACCGCCCGUGCGAUUGUAAAGAAGCCAAUAUUACUGGGCACUGUGACAAUCGCAUUCUUUCAUAUUUCCAUUGUCAACAUUUAUUUUUACUAUUAUUAUUUAUUUCAUACAUACAAAUCAAUGGUUACCAAAUUUUUAGACCAUGAUUUAACAGAACACCAGCAUGUUGAUCUACAAACAUUAGUGCUUCCCCUAGCCUGCUAGGCUGCAUAGCCUUUUGUUCCCUGCAUUCAUGCAGUAUCUUAUUAAAAGUUUGUGAACAUUCAUCAAGCAAUCCUGGAAGGGACAUCAAGAACACUCAGAAAGGUGUUGGCUUCUCUGAGGUCAAACUCAACAGAGAUGGACUGACAUGAAGUAAAAAAAAUAUGCUGUGGUUUGAUGAGUUCAUAUUUCAAAUUAUUUUGGGAAAUCAUGGAUGGAUGCAGGGUUCUUCCAGCCCAAAGAGUAAACAGACCAUCUGGAUUAUUAUCACCACAAAGUUUGAAAGCCAACUUAUGCCUUGUUACGUGUGGGGUAUUAUUGCCCAUGGCACAGGUAACGUGCACUUCUGUAAAUCCACCGUUCAUAUUGAGAGGUGCAAACAGGUUUGGCACAACAAUGGGUGCCAUCCAGGCUACGUCUUUUUCUCAGAGGUCCAAACUUAGUCCAACGAGACAAUGCCAAGCCACAUUCUGCGUGGUACAACAGGGUGUCUUUGUGUUUUUAAAAAAAAAGUGGACUGGCCUGUCAGCAGUUUAGACUAACUAAAAUUGUGCAUAAAGAAAGAAUUGUAAAGAACUGCACCUACAAAGUUUCAACAAUUAGUUUUCUCGGUUCCCAAACACUUAUUGUUGGUAAAAGGAAAGGUGAUGUACAAUGCUAUUGUUGCAUUCCAUUCAAAGUCUGAAGUCGUAUUUUCCAAAUUCCUAGAUGUACAUUUCAAAUGGAUCGCCCUCUGUCUGAUUUCCCACCUAGAAAGUGGGAAAUUGCUCAUUCCCUGUAAGUAAGUACACACUCCUGUAAAAAAUCAAUUAUCACUUUUGAAUAUUUUUGUCACAUUAAAUGGGCUGUACACAUAGUAUUAUUUGAGGUGUAUAAAUAGUAUUAUUGCUGGAGUAAAAAAAAUACCUUUUCCAUGUAAAACUACACGCAAGUGCCAGUUUAGCCUGUCUCAACAAUGACUAACAUUAAUACGGUGGCUUUGUGCUUGAUGUGUUAAUUUACAGUGGCUGAACAAUGUAUUUAACACGCAACCGUUUUUCUCACUAAAUAUACAUCCAAAGGUGCUAUUGACCUGAAAAUUUCACCAGAUGUUGGGAACAGCCCAAAUCAUCUCUGCAUGUAAAGUUGAACGAAUAAAUUAGAAAUUAAGUUUUGUGUAAAAAGAAAAAGGAAAUAUAUGUUGAACACAAGAAGAAAGGUGCAACAAAAAAGACAUGAAAAACCAAGAUAACGCCUAAAAUCUCAAUAAUCAAAUGGUAAUGUCACUUGUCACUGCAAAUGAAUAUCAGAUGGUUAAGUCUUAAUUGAUAGUUUAUGAAAAGAUCUCAUUGCCGAAGUGUGACUCAAGACAUCCAUAAUGGGAAAGAGCAGAGAGCAGAAUGUACUCCGCCGCAAUGGCCUUUGUGCACGCUCACCAUGCAAUAACCAAUUGCUAUGGGGGAAAAUACAUGUUCAAGCUUGUUUAAAGUUUCUUGAACAAUUGGAAGAGACAGUUAAAUAUGGGGAGAACAUAGUUUGUUCGGAUGUGAGCAAAAUUGAAGUUUGGAUGCUGUAAUGCACAUCACGUUUUGAGGAGAAAUGGCACUGCCCAUCACCCUAAAAACAGCAUAACAGCAGUGAAGUUCAGAGGUGGGAACAGGAUGGUGUAGCGCUGCUUUUCAGGAAAUGGCACAGGUAAUCUUCAAAUCAUUGAAGGAAGGAUGAAUGGGCAAAUAUACCAAGACAUCCUUGACAAAGAUCUGCUGCCAUCUAUGAGAAGGAUGAACAUGAAACAGGGGGGCAUUUCAGCAGGAUAACAGUCCAAAACAUAUUGCCAAUGAAACUAACUUGGUUUUAAAUAAUAAUGAUAAUAAAGCUGCUGGAAUGGCCCUACCAAUCAACUGACUUGAAUCCAAUCAAAAAUCUAUGGAAAGAACUGAAAUUCAAGGUUCAUAAAAGAAGCCCACGGAACCUCCAAGACUACCUGUGUGGAGGAAUCGACCAAACUCACACCAGAGCAAUGCAUGAGACUACUUUUUCCAUACAGAAGGUGCCUGG